AUGUUUUCCACCGCCGCUACCGAAGGCGGCCCAGCCACGGCCACCCGCUCACGCCGCCGCCAACGUCCCAAGUCCCAGGAAAGCCUCGUACCGCAGCCCAAGGCGAAGCGCGCACGCAUACCCCUCUCGGAGCAAACCUUUCUCAACCCAGACGUGCAGCCCGACGCCGUCGAUGCUCCGGUAAUCGAGAAGCGCGUCCUGGAGCCCGUCGACGAUGCUGGCAUCGAAAACAUCACCCGAGCCCCGCGAAAGGAAUUACAAGUCCGCACAAAAAAGUCCAAACACGCCGAGAGAGCAGCGUCAAAGGGCGAUGGCAGCGUUGUUCUGACUAGCACGAAUGCCUACGUAGUUAGCAAGCUGCCUGCCAUCCCGGAUAGGAUCCGUUCGGACUGGUCUCUGAAGCAGCAUGCCGAUGUCUCGUCUUCCUUCGGAUAUGCCCUGGCCCUCACGCAGACAAACGCCUUGGUCUGGCCCUACAACUCGACAUCGCAAUCUCCCGAGACAUUCACAUUCACACUGCCGACACCAGGCAGAUCCAGCGACCCUCUCCCCGUCGGAUGCUUCGUCUCUCCAUCAGCUUCCUCAACAGAACCUGGACUGGUCGUCGUCACAGCUAGCACCGGCAAGGUUGUCUUUUGGGAAUCAAUCUCCAGCGCCGCCACAUUUGCCUUUAUCAAAAAGGACCGAUCUGGAGUCGAGUACACCAUAUCUGGCAUAUCCCACGGAGAAAAGGUCAUAUCCAUUACCAAUGCCGAGUCUGCUGGCUUCAUCAUCACCUUCAACUCAGGGCGUCUGGCCUAUCUCAGUGUUCGCGACAACCACGGCCGACCCGCCAUCUCUGUACAAUUUUUACGCUCAAGUCUCGCCAACUCCAGCGGCGGCAUCUUUGGCAGCAUCCGUCAUGCCUUUUCCAACCUGUCAUUACGAGGCGAAAUCGCUGCGGUGCGCGCCGAUCGAUCUGCCCGCGUGGGUGAACGCAACAUUGUCGCUCUUACCGCAAAAGCCAAGCUGCAAGCCUGGAAGAUCCACCGCGGCGGCCACAACGAGCAUAUUGGCGAGGCCGAGAUGCGCGACUCCAUAUACUCUGCUCUCCACGAGGCCGACCCAUAUACAAAAGACUUUUCAGCAGAUUCCUUGGAGGCGCUUGACUUUACCUUUGUCCCCAAAGGCCUCGAGCACAAGUAUCACGAAUUGAGCAGGCUAAGUGAUGCCAUAGCCACAGACGACGCUUCUAUUCAGCACUUGCUCCUUCUUGUGUCGCUAACGCGCAAAAGCGUUGCGCGCUAUUCGCUCGUUGAAGUUAUUCUCAGGGCAAACUCGUGCAAAAUUGGUGUAACGCGUCCCAUAACAUCAUACUCCACACCUCUGCCUCGAGCUGCUGGCGAAGCAACAUCCUCCCCUCGACUUUACCUUCCCCGACCUGCUUUGGUUGCAUUCAUAGUUUUUGAGAGGGCUACUGUUAUGGCUUCUGUCGCAAUUCCGCCUGAAUCGCCAGACGCACAACUCCAGUCAGAUAACCACAUCCUACCCCCAUCAUUCGAGGAUGUCAUCGAUUUUCGUGAAGACGACCUUCACGAAAUAGUUGGAUCGGGCUUUGAAGAGAUGCCGUCUACCACGCAAGAAGACAAUCGGAGUUUCCGCACAAGGACGACGAGAAAUCCGGCCGUGCUGCUCAUGGUUCGCGGUGCUGGUCUCAUUCGUGUUAUAAUUACCGACAUUGACAAGUUUGCCAGCGAGCAGGCCCCACAGGUGUCGGCCAAGAGCAAGCUUGAGCAGACCGUCUUUUUCGGCUCCAAGAAGGAGAGUCCGCUCGUCUUUGAUGGGCGACGCGAAGCUUCAUUUACAGGGCAGGAGAUAUCCGCGGCUGCUCUCCAAGUUAGCAAAGAGAUAUUGGGCUCCUCAACAACUUACAUGCCGGCAUUACCAGCUUCUUUGGAAGACAACCUCCGCGAGCGUUCGAGUGCUUUGGAGCGACUAAUACGGCAUAUUCAGUCUAUUGGAGCCGACAUAGACCGAAGUACACGCUGGAGCCUGCUUUACAAUGCGGAGAAAAUGCACGUCGCUACUCUGCUAUGGAAGCGCCACGAGGCAUUCACAACUGCGAGACCAGCUGAUGAUAGGAAAAGCCUGAUUGGAUCCAUUGUCGAGUUUAUCAGCGAAAAGGAAAAAUCGGACCCGGUGCCCGCCAAUGGUGAAGUCGAUGCCGUUCGCCAUUGGUUCAUCAACGACGUGGCUAACAUGUCAAGUUUCGUGGCUUGGGCCUAUCAAGUCAUCAAAACGCUUUGGCAGGAUCGCUUGAUUGACGAAGCAAGAAUUACCAUGAUGAUGCAUGAAGCCAUACAAAUAAACAUAGCUUCGCACUUUGGCGCUUUGCAUUUCAGAAAAGAGAAUCUGGAACUUUACGGGCUUGGCGAGGAGAAACUGCAUCUUGGCAUCCUGUAUGAUGUUUAUGAAGGCAUGCCAGAGCCAUGGACGGGCCGCCACUAUCUCGCAAACAAUCUGAAGCGUCUUCUGGACCUAUCCGGCCCAUGGUAUCAGAAGCACCAAGCUCUGAUUGCAGAAAAGAGUAAAGGGGGCGACAAGCCAGACGCGGCAAUCCUGAAAAAGAUUUAUGAUGACCUGCCCUCUCUGACAGACGCGACUCUGACCUCAGUACUCGAAUAUUCUCGCUGGGGCGCGACUGUCCCGGAUCACAAGACAAUCGCCAAAACCUUUGGCGAGGUCUAUGCUGCUGAUAGAUUUGAAAAGGCCAUCUUUCUUGCUCGAGCUGGAAAAUGGGAAGAAGGUGCUCUGCUUGCAGAGAAGCAUGGUUCAUUGCACGGCCUGGCUGCUAUCUUGCUGGACCAUGUUGAGUUCCUCGAGCAAAAGCUAGCCCAACCGGGGCUUUCACCUGCCGAAGUCAAAGCAUUGAAAGCGCUCCGCGAGGCCAAGAAGACGCAAAUGGAAGAUCGGUUCAGCCGUUACGGCAAAGACUUUGCUUUUCCUCUCUAUGGAUUCUUGCUCGAGAAGCAUGGCGUCGAGGCGGUUUUGGAGUUUGACCUGGAGACGCUUGGAUUCAAGACGCAGUUCCUGCGCAGUAAACCAGAGCUGGCCCGUAUCUCUUGGAUCAACGAUAUUGAACAAGAAAAGGAUGUUGACCACGCCGCGGACACCCUUGUCAGUCUAGCGCUCACCAAGGAGCAGCAAGUUUGGAACAAGAAGGUCGAGCUAAGCCUCGGCAAGCUCGCCCUGCUAGCUGAAGCCGAAGAAAAGCGGGAGCUGCCCAACGGCUCCAAGGUCAGAUUUGAUGAGGCGCGUCAAGAAGGUCAGCUGGCCAAGGUAGAUAGAGAGCUCAUCACGCUUAAGAUUCAGGAUCAGCUCUACAAUCAAAUCUUUGCCAGCACCUACGACGCCGUGGACGCAGCCGCGGCUCUCAACUUUGCCAUGGAGGCCCACAGCGCCAACAUUCCCCGUCGGCAAAAAGCCCUGCUGCAGGUCUUUGAGGAUGGCAUGGAGCGGCUGCUCAAGCAUGAAGUCCUCGACGCCAUGACCCUCAUCGACCUCCUCACCCUUGUCGCGCUCAAGCCCGGGUGGAAAGACGAGAUUGCGCACCCGUUCUGGAUGGCUCUCAAGGUGGCCGAGAGCAGCUGCCACGCCGAAGAAGUCAAGGAGGCCAAGCGGCUCAUCUGGCGGCGACUCUUCAUCCGCGAUGACUGGGCGCGCAUGAACGACACGAAGCUCAAGCACGACCGCGAGGUGGUGGCGCAACUGGCCGACACGGAGCUGUACGCCGUCCUCGCCGACUGCGUGCGGUACCAGGACGAGCGCGACCCGUUUCGUCCCAUGAGCCCGCAGGAGGCGCUCGGCGCCUUCACAGAAACCUUGGACCGUCGCUUCCGGGACCUCGGCCCCGAGUUUCACGCCAAGCAGCUCGAGGCCAUGCGGUGGGAGGACAAGACGCUUAAGCAGAAUGUCGAAAAGCAUCGUCUGGCUGAUUGGCUACGCACGUGUCUGGCGCAAGCCCAGGCGGAGAUACAGCAACAGGCGGACGAGGCUGCUGCUGCUGCUGUCCUGCACCAGAACCCUAUCGCUGCGGAGGAUGUCGUGGUGGACGAGCCCAUGAAUGGCCACAUUCCAGGCAGUUUCCAAGUUGAUCAUGAUGAUGUAUAG